GUAUUUUGAGUAAGUCUUUCUGUAUGCGAGACUGUGCUGCGCGCUUACUACUUAGCACCAAAUCCUCAGGAUGCCAAGAAUACAGGAAGUCUUCGUAAGACUUUGCUCGCAUUCUUUUUCGUAACACCUUAGAUUGUUCGGCGUCGCUAAGGCCCCUUAAUUCUGCCUUUAAUUUCCUCACUUGGUCCUUGCUACGGUAGUCUGUGUUAAUUUCUUCAUGAUAGUCUACCAUUUCUUUUAACCAUUCAUGGGGCAUUUCUCCGGCUAUAGGAGGUGGUUGACAUGGAUCCCCGGCAAAUACAACUUGGCAUUUUCCACGGAGAAAUUCUACGAACUCCUGCAGUAUUUCUAAUGGCACGGUACAGAUUUCAUCCCAAAGUAUCACCGGAGGUAUGUCGUGGAUGGCUUCCGGCACCCACUUUUGGCCAUUCCAGCGAAAGAAGCUGUGAUAGGUUUGUGCGUCGUAGCCCAUAGUGCAGAGUUCUCUUUCCAAGCGGUGCGUUGGCGUUAAUACCUUUAUGUAUUGGAUAAUGGUCGAGCUCUGAGGAUUAUUUCAGUAAUCCGAAGAGCGAGACCAUUAUCCUAUUUAAUAUAUACUCUCAUUGUUUUCGAAGAAAAGAAACCGAAUUGUCAAAACUGUUUUGUUCGUGUUUUACAAUAAGCAGGCUAAUUAAUGGUUUAUGUUUAGAGUGUCUUUUUUAAACCCGUUGUUCCAUUAGAUCUUCUAUAUACAAAGCACACAAUAAAUCGGAAAUCUUAUUGGUUUCGAGUGAGCAUAAUAAUCCAUGCGCUUUGUAUAGGAGUUCUAUUGAACUUGUAUACAAAGCUUCAAAUUAUAUGUUGGAAUUCCACUACUGAUCGCAAAACACCAAUGAAACGCUUUGAGCUUUUGCAUAUUCACGUUCCUAUUAAUUGACUAUAAAAUCGAACUUUGGCUUUUCACAUGUGCAUUUCAUUGAGUUCACUUCACGGUUCACUUUGCUGAGAUGGAGACGUAUGAAGAGUGCUGUUGCGAAAUGUUAGCGGUCGACAAGGACGAUGAUGCAAUCCUAUCGCAAUUGGUGGACAGUUUUGAAAACAAGAACUCGUCUUUAACUGUAAAAACUAUUGAAGAGAAGCAAGUCGAAGAGCCUCAGCAAAGUCGUUUCAAGAAAAUGCAAGAGAGGAAUUUAGUAGAACUAGCAGAGGAGUCGAUUCCAACUAAUACAAAGAGUAAAGCCAUGUGGGCAUUCCGUUUAUACCAAAAUUGGGCAAUGUGGCGAAAGAGUGGUGACUUUUCUAAAGGUGAGAAGUCUAUGGUUGCUGAAAUAGUGGAGAAGACGACAGAGUUGUUGGAUAUUACGCAAGACGAAAACCUGAGUGACGUUGUUAGCCAAUUCAUCGCUGAAGUUAGAAAGGAAGGAGGCAAACGAUAUCCCGCCAAAACAUUGCACGAGAUAGUGAGUAGUUUGCAGAAGUAUUUUGAAAUGAAGGGGAGAGUAGUUAAGUUUCUUUCUGGAGGGGCAUUUGAAAAGCUAAGAAAAUCACUAGAUAUCGAAAUGAAAACUUCAACCAAUAACAAGCUAGGCUUGCAUCCCAAGCAGGCACAAGUAAUUUCUGAAGAAAUAGAAAAUCAUCUUUGGGAAAACAAAUUUCUGGGCGAUAGUUGUCCCAAAGUUCUGUUGAGAACAGCCCUUUAUUUAAUAGGUCUAAAUUUUGGCAUGAGGGCUGGGGAUGAACAUAGGAAAUUGACCAUAAGUAAUUUUUCAAUCAAUACUGAUUCCAAGGGGAGGGAAUAUUUGCUUUAUUCGGAGGGUGUGUCUAAAACUAUACAAGGUGGUUUGAAACAUCGCAAGUUAACGCCCAAAGUGAGUAGGGCAUAUGCUAAUGUCCAAUGUCCAGAGCGAUGUGUGGUGCAAAUUGUUAAGACCUAUAUGAGGCGUUGUCCUAAAGACGCAUUAGAAAAUGCUUUUUAUUUAAAGCCUUUGCAAAAAUUACAAGAAAGGAGAAUUAUGGUACUGUAGUGUUCCUUUGGGCCAUAAUACACUUAAGAAUGUAGUUCAGUCAAUGAUGAAGGAAACUGGGGUAGAUGGUUUUUUCACAAAUCAUUCUUUACGAGCAACAGCUGCGACUAGAUUGUUCCAAGAAAAUGUUGAUGACAAAUUAAUUAAGGGGGUAACUGGCCAUAGAUCAGAGUCUUUGCAAAGCUACAAAAGGGUAUCAGACAAUCAAUUAGCUAAGGUUUCCAGUAUUGUGCAAGCUAGCCAAGGGACCAAAUGUAGUGAAAGAACGGCAGUUCCAGCCGUGCAGUCCAACUUUUCGGAGAUUGAAAGUAAUACGGGGAAAAURUGUCUGAAUGUAAGUGGUGGCAAUUGUAAUAUUACAAUUUAUAACAAUUAAGUAAGUACUGUUCAUGCGCAUAAUGAUGGCCAACUAUAAUGCCAAAUAUC